AACAACAACUCCUGAAUUCCGGGGCUCACUCCUGAGUUGCUUUAGGCGUUACUAACUCCAGGAGUGAAAAGCAUUAACCACAUCAUGUUAGCUAAUAGUUAGAAACUUAAUAAGGCCAUACUCCACUUCUAUAGCAGUUUCAAGUCCAAAAAGCAAGUAAACUACCUACAACAGCAUUAUAACUGAACCAGUUUCUGGAUAUCUAUCUUUGUUUGAAACAAGCAUUCAUAAAUAUUAAAGCUUUCAAAAUCUAGCUUACGUGGAUUACGCGCAGAUGAAUUCCAUGUCUUCGCAUAUCUCGUAAGAAUAGUGUUUUUUCUUCUUGCGGUCUGGAUACCAGACUGUAUGGUCAAAUCUUCUCUACUCCCUUAAAGUAAGCUGGCAAUAGUAUAUUGUACAUGUCAAAGUGGUACUGCUGCUUUAUCAGUCAAAAAGUUAAAACCUUUAUCGGCAAGGUUGGGUACAGAGGAACCGUCUGCAAAAUCUAUUUGGCAAGAGACCUUCCGAGAGAUCAGCUAGUUGCUGAGUAGAAGAUACAUCACCACUUCACAGUUAAAGAAAAUGAAUCUAACAGCUACCACAAACCAACCAAUUGCAAGGUCAGUAACUUCCUACCUUCCAACAGAUUCUUCAAACAUGCAUAAUGGUGACUUGAUGUACGACACAAAAUCAAUAUUGCUCAUCACCCUUUACAUAUCAAUUUUCAUUCUGGGCGUUGCUGGCAACUCUUGUGUGAUCGUAUUCUUCGCUAAAAAGGUAAAGCGUACACUCUAUGACACCUACAUUCUUCACUUGGCCAUUGCUGAUUUGCUAGUCUCACUAUGCACUCCACCACGUACCAUAUUUACUAUACUCUCGCAUGAAGAAAGAGCCCACUUCACGAAAGCAGGUUGCCGAAUCAUGUCUGCAAUUGAACCAAUAUCAGUUAAUGCCUCUUCCUGGAUACUUGCCAGCAUUGCCAUAGAACGCUAUCGUGGUAUUGUACAGCCUCUAAAACCACGAUACCGUCGAGGCUGUAUUCAUCUAACUGUUUUGGUAAUAUGGCUACUAUCGUUCAUCUGUUUUAUACCGUACAUAAACACAAUAACAGUUGUUGGCAAACACUGCUUGCCACGUUGGAACAGCCCCCGCAAAGAGCUGGCCUUCAAUCUAUCCAUUCUCUUCGUUCAAAGCCUCGUACCAAUGGUUAUCAUGAGCUACACCCUCAUCUGCAUAGCAAACGUCAUGCGCGAACGCGGCAAAGCAAUCCUUGGCAAAUCGAAACGUGGCCAUGCAAAAGAAGUAAAUCUUCUUAUUGUGUUGUUGGUAGCUUUCCUCGUCUUCACUGCAUGCACGCUGCCGUAUAACGUCUUCUAUGUGGCAAUGGUGUAUGAGCUUGGAAUUACGGGAGACUUGAAGAGGUUGGGCGACUACAUAACAAUGAAUGAUUGGUUUGGAUCACUUGUCCUCCUGAGCAGCGUCACUAACUGCUGCAUAUACGCCGGCCUACACAAGGGUUUCAAAACGUUUUGCAAGAGAUGUGUGCAACGCAGAAAGACAAAAGGAAAAUCGUCCAGUAAAUGUCCUCUUACAGUUAUAACCGAAAAACCCAGAAAAACCUCGAGCAACCAAACAUCGAAUAACGCGAAACUGCUCUGAAGCGUUGAAAGUAUCAACAGCUCUAACAAAACCCUAAAAUUUUUGGGGGAUACUUUUACGGACACACUGGCCUUGACACAAAAUUAAGUUACAUUAUAAUGAGGCAAAACAGCCAGCUGAGGAAAUAACAUGAAUAAACGUGCAUUUAAACGAUAACGAUGCACAAACGUAUUUGUUCCGUGAUUAUAGAUGUAAUAGAGCUACGACAGUCCGCAAUAUCUAUUACGACUGAUCUGAUUAACAAAACAACAUGGAAUUCGAGGGAAGACCGCGUCCAAGAUUUUUACCGAAAGAUCUGGAGAUUCUUAAAAAUGACUCUAACAAGUUUGGAUUUGAUCCAAAAGACUAAACAUUAAUAAAUCGAUUUCGGCAGCAAGAUCAGAUUUUGUAAAUAUUGGUAAUUUGGUUCUAUCUAAAGAGCAUAUAAUUGCAUCUGCAACAUCAUAUCGUAUUUUCAUUAUCAUACUUUCUUCGGGAACACCUACAUCCGAAGUAACCAUCUGCCCACAUAAGUGGUAAUAAUUUAUUAUCUCUUGUUCCAUAUUGACUCUUACAAGCAACGAAAACACGUAACAGACUUGUCAGUAAAAGAAAACACGCCUAGCGUCGAAAUAAAAACAUAUUUAAAUUUUGAAUGCAAUAAUAAACUUGAAACUAUUGGGAUUUGAAUAUUGCGCUCCUGACCAUUAGAACGUACAAUCUAGAGUUGGUUUUGACCUAAAAUUACAUAAACGUUGGAAUACAGUGCUAAACAUCCUAAAACCAAACGUGCUCCUAAUAAUACAUCAAACACCAUAAA